AUGGUGCACUUGUACAACCUCACUCUACAAAAGAGCGGCGGAAUCACCGCCGCGGCGUACGGGAACUUCUCCGCGGCGAAGGCGCAGGAGAUCGUCGUGGUGCGGAACAAGGUGAUCGAGCUCUUAAGGCCGGAUGACUCCGGAAGGGUGCAAACGGUGUCGUCGAUGGAGGCGUUCGGCGUCGUGCGGUCGAUCUGCGCGCUUCGGCUCGCCGGGGCGAAUCGGGAUUAUCUGUGCGUCGGCUCUGACAGCGGCCGGGUGGUGAUCUUACAGUUCAAGAAGGAGAGAAAUGCGUUCGUGAAGGUGCAUCAAGAGACGUUCGGGAAGAGCGGGUGCCGUAGGGUCGUUCCGGGGCAGUUCGUGUGCGCUGACCCAAAGGGACGGGCAAUUUGUUUGGGCGCGAUGGAGCGGAGCAAGCUGGUGUACGUGAUGAACAGAGAUAACGAGGCAAAUUUGACGAUCUCGUCGCCGUUGGAGGCGAACAAGUCGCACGCGAUCACGUAUCACAUGUGCGCGCUGGACUGCGGGUUGGACAAUCCGGUGUUUGCGGCGAUCGAGUUGGAUUACGGUGAGGUGGACGACGAUCCCACCGGUGAAGUAGUGGCGGAGACGCAGAAGCACCUGACAUACUACGAGCUUGAUCUCGGUCUGAAUCACGUUGUGCGCAAGUGGAGCGAACCGAUCGACAACGGCGCCAAUCACUUGAUUCCAGUCCCGGGUGGAAGCGACGGCCCGGGCGGCGUCUUGGUGUGCUGCGAAAACUUUAUAAUCUACCGACACCAAGACCAUGAAGAGGUUCGAGCGGUCAUUCCGCGCCGCACGUCUCUUCCUGGGGAUCGCGGAGUCUUGAUCGUUUCAUCCGCCGGGCACAAGUCGAAGAAGUCUUUCUUCUUCUUGGCGCAGUCCGAGUAUGGCGAUAUUUACAAGCUCUCAAUCGAGUAUUCGGGUGACAAGGUGAGCGAGGUCAAAGUGAAGUACUUCGAUACCAUUCCUCCGUGCGUGAGCAUGUGCGUGUUGAAGACUGGCUUCCUGUUCGCGGCGAGUGAAUUCGGUAAUCACGCUCUGUACCAGUUUGCCGGCAUCGGCGACGACGACGCCGUUGAGAGCAGCUCGGCGAGUCUCAUGGAAACGGAACAAGGUUACGAGCCCGUGUUUUUCGAUCCGAGACGGCUUACCAACUUGUACCCAAUCGAUAAAAUAGACAGUCUGUGCCCGAUUUUAGAUAUGCAGGCUCACAACUUGACGGAGGAGGACACGCCGCAGCUAUACACGCUGUGUGGCACCGGUGCGCGCUCUUCGUUGCGCAUCUUGCGCCAAGGGAUCGGUAUGAAUGAGCUCGCGAUGAGCUCGCUUCCGGGGCAACCGAACGCGAUCUUCACUGUGAAGAAGAAGAGCUCGGAUCAGUACGACGGAUACAUUGUUGUCUCGUUCCUGAACGCAACGCUGGUUCUCGCGAUCGGUGACACCGUGACGGAAGUGAGCGAUAGCGGUAUUUUGGGGACGACGAUGACACUUCAGGUGUGUCUUAUGAAUGAUGAUUCGUUGCUCCAGGUUCAUGCAGGCGGAUUGCGUCACAUCAAAGCGGAUAAGCGCAUCAACGAGUGGCGAACUCCGGGGCGUAAGCAAAUUUCCAAGUGCACUUGCAACAGCAAGCAAGUGGUCAUCGCUCUCACUGGCGGUGAAGUCAUCUACUUCGAGCUUGAUUCUGCGGGACAGCUCAUUGAAGUCGAAAAGCUUGAGACGAAUGGUGAUAUCGCUUGCGUGGACAUCGCACCCGUGCCCGAGGGCGCUCUGAGGAGCAGAUUCCUUGCCAUGGGUUCGUAUGAUGGCACCGUGCGCGUCAUGAGCCUUAAUUCGGAUGACUGCCUACAGACGUUAGCUGUUCAAGCACUCAAGGGGUCUACUCCUUCGAGCUUGCUGAUUCUACAAACCGCGGGCACGGAGUCGUUGCAAGGAAGUCUGUUGUUGAAUGUAGGGAUGGCCAACGGCGUCUUGAUGCGGGCGACGCUCGAUCAAGUCUCUGGGCAGUUGAGUGACAUGCGCGUGCGUUUCUUGGGUACGCGGGCGCCAAAGCUCGUGCGAACGAGCGUCCGUGGUGAGUCCGCACUCGUGGCGCUGUCGUCCAGGCCUUGGUUGGGGUAUAGUGAAAAGGGGACAUUCGUUCUCUCUCCAAUUUCGUACGUCGCAUUGGAGGAAGUGUGCUCGUUCAGCAGCGAGGCCUGUCCCGAAGGAGUCGUCGCCAUUUCGAACCAAACGUUGCGCAUCGCUAGUGUCGAGCGCUUGGGCGAGAAUUUCCAUCAGACUACGAUCAAACUGCGUUACACUCCACGCGCAAUGAGCGCCAAUCCCGACACGAAGAUGGUCGCACUGAUUGAAAGCGAUCAGUGCAGCGUUCCGGUUGGCGAACGCGAGAGUCCGGAGGCGACUUCUGCCGACGAGGCGUCGGAGGCGAAUGGGGACGAAGACGAGUUGAACAUGUUACCUGUCGAGCAGUAUGGGGCACCCAAGAGUUCGCCCGGUACGUGGGCAGCGUGCGUGCGAAUCAUAGAUCCGAAGGAUGCCAAGUCGCAGUACGUGCUUGAGCUUGGGAAGAACGAGUCCGCCAUCAGUAUUUGCCACGUCUACUUGACUGGGCCGAACGAGUUACUCCUCGCCGUGGGUACGGCGCAGAACCUUACGUUCGCUCCGCGCAACUGCGAUGGAGGUUUCAUCCACUUGUACAGAUAUGGCACCGACAGUAAGACGUUGAGUUUGGUGCACUCCACUCCGACGGAGGGUCCCGUCGGGGCUCUUUGCGGAUACAGAGGCCACCUUCUCGCGGGCGUGAACAAUUCUCUCCGUUUGUACGAUUUCGGUAAGAAAAAGCUUCUGCGCAAAUUGGAAAACAGAAACUUUCCCAACUUUAUCACCACCAUUCAUGCCGCCAGUGACCGAAUUUACGUUGGCGACGUGCAGGAGUCAAUUCACUUUGUCAAGUACAAAGCCGAUGAAGGGAGCAUGUACAUUUUCGCCGACGACACCAAGCCGGCGUACAUGACGGCCGCUCUUCCUCUUGACUUUGACACACUCGCUGGUGCUGACAAGUUUGGGAAUAUUUUCGUCAACCGCUUGCCAAAGGACAUCAGCGAAGACAUGGACGAGGAUCCGACUGGUGGAAAGAACAUCUAUUCGCAAGGAGUGUUGAACGGAGCUCCGAACAAAUCUGAAACUUGCGCGAGAACAUUCAUUGGUGAGACGGUAUGCGCGCUCACCAAGGGCGCGCUGCAACCGGGAGGUAUUGAUAUCAUUAUGUACGGUACUUUCCUCGGCGGCAUCGGCGCACUCGUCCCGUUCCAGACGCGUUCAGAGAUCGACUUCUUCAUAACGUUGGAGAUGCACAUGCGCCAAGAGGCGUCAUCGAUCGUCGGACGUGAUCAUAUGGCGUUCAGGUCGUAUUACGCGCCGGUGAAGAACGUCAUCGACGGUGACUUGUGCGAGCAGUUUGGCGCCCUUGCCCCGGAGGUGCAGCGAAGAAUCGCCGAGGAUAUGGACCGAACUCCGGGAGAAAUCUUGAAGAGGCUCGAACAAAUUCGCGCCAUCGCGGUAUAG